UUUUAAAAUACCAUUCCUGUUGAAGCAUACGUCCAAUGUUGGUGCUAGACACUUGUCCAGCUUACUAAAGAAGAUGUCGCAGACCAUAGAUAAAAAAUAUCUUUUCCUAUGAUGUAUACAUUAUUGUAAUUGAAUUUAGUGGUUUUGUUUGUAGGAAAUAAGUGAAAUCUAAAUUUUGCGAAUUAAAAAAACGGGAUGAAAACCGAACAUUUGGUAACUACUAAUGAUCCCAUAUGGGCAAAUAGCGUUGAAUUUUUGUCGUCCGAUGAUGGUCUUCCAGUUAUAGGAAGCUGCCAAGUGUCUUCGAUCCUACAAAAUUUAGAUAGUGCUAAUGUUGAAUCAAACCCACAAAAUACAGAGUUAAUUAUAUUGAAUGGAAAUGAUUAUAAGAUCCCAUUGGUAGAUGCACCAGUGGACUCACAUAAUAACUAUAUUGUGCUGAAAGAAUCAUUAUCAAGUGAAACAUGUAACAAACAGAACGCAUCAGCUAAACAAUUUGAUGGAGAUUUAUUUGAAGAUAUGCUUUACUUUGUCUGUAAUUUGUGUCCAUUUUUAUGUACUAAGGAUACAAAAAUUACUGAACAUUUAGAAACAGCCCAUAAAAAUAAAACAGUCACUAAUAAAUUGAUUCAGUUAAAGUGUCCAGCAUGUGCUAAUAAUUUUUACCAUCGAUCAUCAUUAAAAUCUCACUUGCUUCAUGAUCAUUAUGUUAGCAAUAGUGAUUUAAACCUAAUAGUACAAGCUGUUAUGUAUUAUUCCAACAAAGACAAUAAAAAGCAUUUUAAGAACCACAAAAUCUCUUUAAGAUAUGUAGGGAAACUUGAACCACCUAAAUUACAUAACCAGUCCAUUCAGGAGGAUGAAUACUCAGAUCCAGAACAUUUUGAGGCACAAUUUUCCAAAGAAGUUUCAAAUGGUGCCGUUCCAUGUCCAAAAGUAACCCUUCCACAGAUCAAUGUAACAACAACUAAUACUGAAAAAUUAUUUAAAGGCACUGUGAGAAAAACUGAUAUAGUUGCAAAACCAGUCCCUUCAAAAAAAUGUAUAAUUCCUUUAUGCAAAGUUAGACUGAAUGAUGUAACAAAGCUUAACAUACAUAUAGGCUGCCACACUGACAGUGGUUUUAAAUGUUUGGAGUGUAAUGAAAAAUUUAUGAUGUGGAAACCUUUGAGUUCACAUUUAUGGAGGGUGCACAAGAUAGACAUGGAAUUGUAUUCCUGUGAUAAAUGUGAUUAUAAAACGUACAGUUUGUCAAAAAUGAAUAAUGUUCAUAAACUUAUUCAUGGAGAUGUAAAAGCUUUUUUGUGUGAUAUUUGUAAUAAAGCGUUCAAAAAUCUUAAACAAUUACGCAAUCAUAAAGUGGUACAUAAGGACAAAGUAGACAAAGUUGAAUGUGAAAUUUGUUCAAAAUGUUUCUCUGAUAAAAGAACACUUAAAAGUCAUAUGGAUAGUGUUCAUAAAAGAAUAAAACCAUAUUUAUGUAACUAUUGUGGAUAUAAGGGAUCUUCAAGAGCUUCACUGAGAAUGCAUAUUAGAUUACACACUGGAGAAAAACCAUUUUCCUGCAGUUUAUGUUCAUAUAGUACUGCAGAUCACAAUUCAUUACGGAGACACAAAUUAAGGCAUACGGGACAAAAACCCUAUAAAUGUAUUUUUUGUCCAUAUGCAUGUAUUCAGACGAACACUUACAAGAUGCAUUUAAAAACCAAACAUCCUGGCAUGGAAAAAGAUUUGAUGUUUACUUGCAGUCUUUGCCAGUUCAGAACAGUUAAUAAAGAAAUGUACAGUGCGCAUUUUAGUGCAGCUCAUAAACAGACUUCUUCCUCUGAUUUAUAAAUAUGUAAGUAAAUUUACAAUGUACAUAUGUAUUUGUAUUCAUAGAGCUAUUUAUAUUUUAAGUGAUACCAUUGAUUUUUAUAUGACAGUUGAAAAUGGGGUUAAUUUGGAUCUAUAUUUUAUUGCCGCAUGGGGUAUUUUAUAAAAAAUUUGAAAUAUUUUAUAUUUUUUUUUGUAAUCAGUUAAGUUUUAUGUCAGUUUUGUCAUUUAUACAUAUAUAUUAUUUUCAAGUUUAA